AUGAUUAAAACUUUUUCAGAUGAUCAAAUCAAGGCUGUUAAAGAAAUUGGCUUUGGAGGUUUGUUAUCUUUGAAGGUGAAACGAACUGCAACUGAUAUGCUAUCAUGGUUGGUAGAUUGUUUUGAUCAUGGUAGCUGCAUGUUUACUAUUGAUGGUAAAAAAGAUUUUGUUGUGACUGAAUUUGAUGUGUAUGAUGUUUUUUGCCUUCCUUGCAAAACAUCUAAGAAAGUUGAAGAAAUUUCUCGUUGUGCUAAUGUCAUCAACCCUGAUUAUGAUUUAAAGGUUAAAUGGAGGUCUCAUUUUGGUCUUAUGGGUGAGAAUGAUCAGAUUCCUGUGGGUUUUUUGGAAUCUAAGAUCCCUUUACUAGUAGAUGGCGGGGAAGAAUUCAGACAGCUUUUUAUCAUGCAUGCUUUUUCAAGUUUUUUAGCACCUACGUCCAACAGAACUGUGGAUUUGAGAAUUGUAAAAUGUUUGGUUGAUGUUAAUCAAAUAAGAAUUUAUAAUUGGUCAAAAUAUGUCUUAGAUAGACUUUGUGAAGCCGUGAAGAGCUACAAAGAAGGAAAUAUAGAAUGGUUUUGUGGUUGUGUUUUGAUGUUAGAGAUUAUCUAUUUUCAUCGAUUGAGGUUUAGGAAUGUUGUGUUAAAUUCUACAAUACCUUUAAUUCAACAUUGGACUGAUGUGGAUAUAAGAGAUAGAAUUAGAAAUGAAAAGUUGUCCAAGGGUUUUGGGUGUGGAAUUCUUGAGUUUGAUACAUAUCCAGUGAGUGAGAAGUUGCAAUUUGAGGAUGGACAAGUUGUUUGUAAUCAAUUCAAGGAAGCUCCUGUGAAUCAAACUUCUGGAAAAGAAUCUGUUGUUUAUGAAGGUGUCCGUAGCAAUGUUAAGGGUGUUAUUCAGUUUGAGCUACCUGCCAGUUCAAUGUCUAAUGAGGAAAUUCGUUCAAUUGCUAUUGAUGUAAGUAUUUUACCCUUUAAUUAUGUCUGUCUGUUUGGUUUUUUUUUUUUUUUUUUUUUUUUUUUUGUCACAAAUUAUUUUAUUAAAUCUAAGUGCUACAUUUUUUUUUCACAGGAAGUUUACGAGAAGUUUUUGCUCAUGAAAAGAGAUUUAGAAGUGGUAUCUAACUUCUACAUGAAUGAGUUGAAAGUGUUAUUUCAGACUCGUAAAUCUAAUGAUGCUUCAACUUCGACACCUCCAAUGUCCCAAACUGAUUUAUUCUUUAUGAAUCCUCGUGUUCAUGAAAUUGUUGAUGAGAUUGUGUCUCUUGUAAAUUGGGUAAGCAAAGUGCCUAAUGGUUUGGAUGAUGAUGAUAUUGAUGAUAAUGGUGCACCUGCAAAAGAGAUUAAUGUUGUAGUUGGUGAGGUUCCAAGGAUAGGUUUUGAGCAUGUUUUGAGUAAUGGAAAAUCUAAAUGCUCCCUUGCUAUGGAUGUUAGUCUCUUUGGUGAUAAAGUUACAUAUGUAACUGAAUAUAUGAAGUCAAGUAAUAAGGAUAUGAAGGUUUUGGAUGCAGUUGUCCAGGAACUUGUUGACUACUGCAUUAGUGAUUAUCAUGGUUUCGAUCUCAAUGAGGUGUUGGUAUCUUUUGGCAAACCAUUUGAGAUUACAAGGAAUGAAUUCCUUUCAUUAGGUGCACCGGCUAUUGCUAUAUCUUCUGUUAUUAUUGAUUGUUGGGCUAUGUUGCUUAAUGAAAACCAGAAGAGUAGUGCACAUGGACCUCAAAAACUAUAUUUUGGUGUUUCUCAAAGUGCUUUUUUACUGAAAGUUGCAAACACAGAUAGUAACACACAAGACAUUGACAAGCUAUUUGACAUUUGGUCAAGAUGGUUGUUCAUUCCUUGCAAUGAUUUUGAUAUUGCAAAUGUUGAGUUGAUAUUUGUUCCUAUACUCUUGAAUGAGCACUUUUUCCUAAUUGUUGUGAAUUUGAAGGAAGAAAAGCUUCAGUUCAUUGAUAAUAUGAGUUAUGAUACAAAGUACAUGAGUGAGGUUGAGAAGUUCUCUGAUGUUCUGAGUGAUAUGCUGAGUACUUUUCUUGAUCAACGCCUUCCUCAAAGUAAUGACUCAGUGAAGAACAUGAUUGAGUAUACUUUGGAGUCACCUUCUGUAAAUUGGAAGUCUGGAAAACAGAAGAAUAAUGAUAGUGGCAUUUAUACUAUGGUCAGCAUGCUUUACUUUGAUGGAGCUGAUGUGUUCGACUGCGAUGUUUUGAAAACGGUUUCAACUAGACGGACAUUGAGAGCUCAGAUUGCUGCUACUCUGGUAUUAUCUGAUAUGAACAUUGUCAGAGAUGAAGUUCUUGAAAAGCUAUCUGAAUUCAGAUUAAUAAGGAGUCAAGUUGCAAAAGAGGUUUUUGAUGGGAUUAAGAAGAAAACAAAGCAAGGUAAAAAGGAAAAGAAAGUAUAG